CUCCUGAAUGCAGCAUUCUACCGGAAGUGACCAGUUCGCCGGUGUUUUUAAAAAAGCGGCGGUAGCUUCUGGCAGCCAUUGCUGAACAAUACGUACUCAAAAAUAUAGUUUAAACGACCAUUAUGCUGCAACAGCAGUGUGUAGAGCAGCUUCAACUUUUGGGGAAACUGAGUCCGGGUCCGAAAAAGCUUGAGGGUAAGACCUUCUACUUGGACAAUGUGAAGAAACGUCCUACAGCCCUGCUUUUGGAAGCCAUAUCUCUCCUGGGAGGGAGCAUUGAGAGUUUCCUGCACAGAGAUGUGAGCUUUGUGGUCACUGGAAGUCAAGCGGGUCUGGAGGAGCAGAAGACAAAGAGGAAUGAUAAAAGCGGACAGCGGACAGUCAAGCAGCAAGAAAGUGUCAUGUCCAGUGAGAAACAGCGACCAGCAACUGCACGGCCAACGGUUUGUGGCAGCCGAGGAAAAGCCCUGCUUGAAAAAGCCAUUCGCAACAAUGAACGUCUGCAGGGGAGCAGUGUGUUGGCCAAUGCCCGCUCAUGGGGAGUGAAAAUUUUGCAUGUGGAUGAUGUUCUUUCGUACUUGAAGCAGUUGAACAGUGAACGCGUCAGUGCCAAAUCCAACAGACCUGAGAGGACGUCCACCAAGCUGCCCUCUUCUCAUGUUGUUGUUAAAGCUACGUCGCUGAGAUCUCCUUUUGUCAAAAUUGAAGACACAAGCCGGAAGUACAAGCCGUUGCUUAUACAGUCCAUGACCUUCCCCUCACUGUCCUACCCGGGACGAUUCAGUCCCUUUGAGCCUCCGCCUCCUCCUUGCUUUGACAAACAGUUGGCGCCAGCAGGGAAUAAAUCCAGGCCAAACAACAAAGUUGAAAGCAGCAGCAAGGACAAAUCCCAGACCCCUCCACCUUGGCUGCUACGCAAGAAGAACCUCUCUUACUGCGAAUGUUGUCUGGAGUCCUUCUCGAACUUGGAGGAGCACUUGCAGUCUGAUCAACAUCGAGAUUUUGUGCUUGAGGCCUCCAAUUAUCGUGCGCUGGACCGCCUUGUGGCUGAAAUGGUCUCUCGAUUCGACACCAGUCCCAAAGAGGAAGUCUUCAAUAGAUCAUCAGAAUCUCCACCCAUCUUAUGUGAACUGGAACCUCUGACUGAUGCUGAGAUGGAACACGAAGGCGUGGCUUUAAUAGGACAAACCGAUAUCUGUGGACCUCAUCAAGAUACUCCUCUUGAAGUCCAGCCCGGCAUAUCGCCAGACGAUCCCAUCUCGAAUCCAGCCGCUUCUCAACUCUCUUCUGACCGCGAUCGCCUUCCCUGUCCUGCGACUCUAACCAUAGCAGUACUGGAGGUGGCGCCGCAGCCUCAUCUGCUGUCCCCCCGCCGCGAUCCAUGCGCAAAUUUUGACCCGUAUUCCUUACCUCCUGUCCUCAGCCCGCAAGUCCUCUCGCAGGACGAUAUGGAGGCGCACAGUCCCUACUCGGAACCUCCUGUCCUCAGUCCUCAGAACUACACCACCGAGGACUAUGUAGACGUGUGUGAAAACACCGAAAGUGUGUCAGAAUCCGUUCCUAUUUUAAACUGCGAACUUCCCGUUGUGGUUGCGGAGUUGUCCCAGCCAGAUGCUCCUCCGGUUUUAAGCAAGGUCCACCAGUGUCAUGAUAGUUUCCUGGAGUCUUUCACGGCAUCUACACACCAACAGUGGCCCCCAAGGAUCAGAAAACGGCGUCGGUAUUCCAGCGCUGAAUGUAGCUGCAGCAAAAGGAAAAGGACCGCCAGCGGUGGUUGUGGGAAGGACGUUGUCGAUUCGUUAUCGGACAUGGCCUCGUUUCGAAUACUGCAAAAGUGUUGUAGCGAAAAUGUCCCUUUAUUAGAGACAACGUCUCAUGUGGACAGUUUGGCAUCAUGGCCGCUCUCCUCACAUCCUCCCAAUCCUUCGUCUUGCUUGUGCAACGCUCAGGUCCCCGACGUCCUUUUCAGCCGAGACUCUCAACAGUCCCACUCCACCUCCGUGUGCAUCGACCCCGCUCUCAUCCCGGAUGUCGACGGCCUCUCCCAGUCCUCCUCGGAGUGGGACUGCGAGCUGCUGCCCGGCCUGCGCGCGGCGGAGACCCGUCCCGCAUCGCCCGUCGCUCAGGCAUGUGAACUAGACAAGGAUAUUCUCCACCGGCCCUGCGCUUGGAUGCACGACACCAGCUACGAGUCACGUCUGCACACCGCCCUGCAGUUGUCCACGCCGACGGCGGAGCCAUCCGCCUUCUCUAGGACGGUGGUGCAAAUCGUCGAGGUACAGCAUUGACUGUAGAAGUCUUUGCAGCUACGUAUUGCCCGUGAACAGACUAGCUAGGCAGCAGGUAUCUGCUUCGGAACAAGGUACACUGAAUAAAUAUUAGCGCAGAGUAACUUUAUACACCUUUAAAUGUACACUUUUGAUUGACAUUGUGGAGAGUUUUUUAAGCCAAUAUUGAUUUAAUAAAUCCAUCUAACAAUGUUCAUCAAAACUGAGCAUUAUCUUUGUAAACAUGUUUUAUUGUUGUAGCUAACCGCUGUAUAUAUGCCUCAACUUAAGAUCGGGCAUCCUUUCUUGUUUUCUCCCGUGUUCCUCUUCAUCUGCUAAACUGCUGCCGGUGGCGUUGUGCCGACAUCCGUCUCUCAGCAGCUGUCUGGAAAAAAACACUCUUAGAAUUUAAUGAGCUUUUUCUCAAAGGGGCAUUAUUCAAUUACUUUAAGUGCUAUGGAUCACAUCUUGCCCGUGUUGUGUUGUGAUGGCCCAACAUGCAAAGCGCUCGUACUUCCUGUGAGACGGAAUCCACAAAAAUGAUAUUGGAUCAUUUUCUUGUAGUUGUCUGUCAAAGGUGGCAAAACUGUUGUUUGGGAAAUGU